AUGUUCCUUUACAAACUCCUCAGCUUUUUCUUUGUAGCUUCCAAAAAGGAGGACGACUCUAAACAUGACUUGUCCCUUUACAAGCGUGGGGAUUUAUUAGAAGUCCCCAGGACGUUAUUCACACAUUUUGGCAUCUACUUGGGGGACAAUCGCGUGGCUCAUCUCAUCCCGGACUUCCUUCCAGUAAUUUCCAAGAAUAAAUCUGCCAUUGCCAAGAUGGUAACAAAUAAUCGUCUUCUGCUGGGGGUUAUCACUAAGGUUGCCAGCAUCAGAGUGGACUCUGUGGCGGACUUUGCUUACGGCUCAGAGAUUCUGAUUAACCACAUGGACAAGGUGUGCAGCCAGCCUCCUCUGGACGGGGACGAGGUGGCCAGAAGAGCUGAGAAACUCCUGGGCUCUGUCACCUACAGCUUACUGUGGUACAACUGUGAACACUAUGUCAUGUACUGCAGAUAUGGCAUGGCCAUCAGCUACCAGACAUACCAGUUCUGCACGACGGUACGGAAGAUUGUUUUCAGCAGGAUGAGCGCCUAUUUGACUGCACUGUGUGGCGCAGGAACUAUGCUGUAUCUGGGCUGUGUGACACCAGUGACAGUUGUAACAACCCUUCUCAUCUCAUUCACCAUCUGGAUGGCAGCCUAA